CACACGUCCACGUCCCUCAACAUGACUCGUCUAAAGCUGAAGAAGUUAGAGGAGUAUCUGCAGUGCGUCGAUGGCUUCGAGAAGCCGAAGAUACUGCUUGAACAAUACCCAACCCCACCACACAUAGCUGCCUGUAUGACGCAUUGCAUGCAAGAACAGCACGGCGAUAUCGAAGGCAAACUGGUGGCUGAUCUGGGCUGUGGCUGCGGCAUGCUAAGCAUUGGUGCUACAUUGCUUGGAGCGCAGCUAACGGUUGGCUUUGAGCUGGACGACGCUGCCGUGGACAUUUAUCGGCAAAACGUGCUGGACAUGGAGCUGCCAAAUGUUGACUGCAUCCGUGCAAAUGUGCUCCAAUUGCCGUGCAGUAAGUGGGACAAUGCCUUCGACACAGUUGUCAUGAAUCCGCCCUUUGGCACCAAGCAUAAUGCCGGCAUGGAUAUGCGAUUCUUGGAUGUAGGCAUGCGAUUGGCCACAGGUGCAGUCUACUCGCUGCACAAAACAUCCACGCGCACCUAUAUCCAAAAGAAGUCGAAGGAGUGGGGCGCUCGUAGUACUGUUAUUGCUGAGCUGCGCUAUAACCUUGAGGCCAGCUACAAAUUCCAUAAGCAAAAGUCGAAGGAUAUUGAGGUUGACUUUUGGCGAUUCGACCUCAGCGAGCUGUGACACAGCUCACCAAACCACUAGCUUAGAAAAAGAGAAAUCAAUUUAAAUGCAUUUUUAUAGACAUUUUAAUAAUACAAAUCAA